AUGCUGCGACCGCAAUUGCAGCACAAGCAUUAUGAGAGCCUUGAGAUAUUCCAAGAAGCGACCAAUGAUCUCAUCCGGUUGGUUCGAGAACGCGACGGGAUCGUUGAUCUGCAGCCGCUCUUCUUCCGCUUGACUCUCGAUACCACGACAGCGUUUUUGUUUGGCGAGUCAACUCGCAGUCUCGCAAACCCGGAGGUUGUUGGUGAGCGGACGUUUGCGGAUGCCUUCAACACCGCCCAACAAUGGGCCGUUAUCAGGUAUCGACUCCAGGACCUGUACUGGAUGAUUGACGGUAGAGGGUUCAGGAAAGCUUGCCGAGAUGUUCGCAAGUUUGCCGACAAGAUUAUCGAUCGCAAUAUUUUGUCGAACCGAUGUGAGACAGAUGAUGAGGGUAAACAUGUCUUUCUGGAUGCUGUUGCGCAGCAUGCGUCGAAUCGAGCUGCAUUGAGAGGUCAGAUCAUCAGUCUGUUAGUCGCUGGGAGGGACACCACAGCCUGCCUUCUUUCCUGGACAUUCUUUCUACUCGUACGUCAUCCGAACGUGAUGAAGAAGCUGCGCGAGGAAAUCCUCUCGACCUAUGGCGCUGAUGCGGAACUUAGCCGCGAUAGCUUAAGACGAUUGCCGUACCUGCAAAACGUACUCAAAGAAGUCCUGCGACUAUACCCAUCUGUACCUGUCAACAUCCGUAUGGCUACAAGAACCACGGUACUUCCCACAGGAGGCGGUCCGGAUCGCACUUCCCCAGUCCUCAUACCCAAAGGGAGCGUGGUAGCUUUCAGUGUGUAUGCCAUGCACCGCCGACCGGACCUUUACGGGAUGGAUGCAGAGCUGUUUCGGCCAGAGAGGUGGGAUGAAGAGAUGCCUUUGCAGCAAGAUCCGACGAACGCCAAGUGGGGAUAUCUUCCUUUCCAUGGUGGACCGCGGACCUGUCUGGGCAUGGACUUCGCGCUAACGGAAGCUGGGUACGUGAUUGUGCGACUUCUUCAGAGCUUCGCGGAUAUCAGACUUCCCAAAGGAGAAGCUGCCGAGCUGGUAGGAGUGGAGAAGCAGGUCAUGACAUUAGUCAUAUCGAUCAAAGACGGCUGUAAAGUUAAGAUCGGUUAG